AUGACCUUCUACAGGGACUCCUACAACAAUGCCUGCUGCUCCCUGCUUGCCUGUGAAGACCUCUAUGGUUUUGGGGGCCUGAAUGGCUACAGAUUCGGGAGCCCCUAUGGUUACUACCGUGAGCAGUGCCAAUACAGCAGCCCUUAUGGCUACAGGAGCUUUGGGUCCCUGGGUGGGAGCAGAGGCUUGUCUGGGUUUGGAGGUUUCUAUGGGUAUGGGGACCGGUAUGGGGACCUGUAUGGGUUUGGGUUUGGCUACCCCUUCUCUGGUUUUGGAAGUGGAGCCUUCUACUGA